AUUCAGUAUUGUUCAAUUCGUUAUAAUAUCAAUAAAGUAGACAUGUUACAUUUGUAUUUAAUUUAAUGAAUCAACAACUCAAGUGGAUAAGCAUGUUACUAGUGGAGGCCAUUCUUGAGUUCAGGUUACUCUUUGUAAAAGACCAUAAUAAAAUAAAAGAAGAAAAUACGGUUUAAAUUCCAUUUCAUGAGAAUGUAAACAAAAAUACUGUAUGCUUUAAUAUGAAGAAAAAGCGAAAUAAUUACAGUGUGUAUUAUUAUUUCCUAGUUUUAAUCCGAAUACUAUUAGUUUUUAUACCCCAAACUGGUUAUAUUCAUCCAGAUGAAUUUUUCCAAUCUUUGGAAGUUUUAGCAGGGAAACUUCUAGAUGUUCAAUGUAGCCCACCAUGGGAAUUUAAUGUAACCACUCCCAUACGCAGCAUGACAAUUCCUUAUUUCACCAUGGGAUUAAGUUACACAUUUUUAAGAGACGCAAAUGAGCUAAGCAAAUCUUAUUUUAACCAAGCCUUGCUAACACCUUAUAUGCUGCUUACUAUCCCUAGGUUCAUAAUGUGUCUAUUAACUUUCCUUAUAGACUACUGUCUAUACAAAAUCUGCAUUAAUAAUAAUGAGAAAUAUAAAUCACGAUUAAUAAUGUUAGCUAGCUCAUAUAUUAUCAUCAUUUAUGGUACUAGGACAUUUUCAAAUACUAUCGAGUUGAUUCUGUUUUCCCUAUUGUUGUAUUUUGUUGGUGAAAGUUUGAUUUUUAACAAUACUUUAUUGAAGAAAAAGGACUAUAUAAAUUAUAGAUAUGAACAAUGUAAAACAACAGCUGAUAAAGCAAAGUUUCAUAAAUUAAAACUUUACUUGGUAUCAGAUUCCUAUAGAAAUUGCUUUGUUAUUAGCACUAUAACAGUUUUCGGUUUCUUCAAUAGACCAACUUUCCUAGCAUAUUCAGUUAUUCCCAUAUUUUUCUGGUUAUACAGAGGUAUUGGUAAGAAAACAAUUUCUCCUCUAACUCUCAAUUGCAGAGUACUAGUCUUCGCCUUAUGCUCAAUCCCUUCAUUUCUUUUUAAUAUAUUAGUUGAUUCAUUUUAUUAUGGUCAUAUAACUUGGGGGGAAAUUGGUAUGUUAGAUGUUACUAUGGAUAAAUUUGUUUUCACUCCAUUAAAUUUCUUGAAAUAUAAUAGCAAUUUGGAUAAUUUGGCUGUACAUGGAUUGCAUCCUAGAUUUUUGCAUGUCCUGGUGAAUAUUCCUUUACUUUUUAAUUUACUGGGAAUUUUCGCUCUCUGUACAGUUGGAAAAUAUGUAUAUUUGUGUUAUUUGAAGAAGUUCAACCUACUACCAUCACUAAGAAGUAUUAAAUGCCUGAUGACUCUUUCAUUCAUAGUCCCUUUGGCAGCUUUGUCAAUAUUUCCCCAUCAAGAACCACGUUUUUUAAUUCCACUCAUUUUCCCAUUAAUUUAUCUGUAUGCUUCAUCUAUACUACCAGAAACUGACGUAGCUUUAGUUGAAGCUCCUAACGUACCAUAUGUAACGCAAUCAAGAAAAACAUUCAAUAAUUAUAGUUUUAUUAGAAUUUGGUUGAUGUUGAACUUUAUAUUCAGUUUAUUUUAUGGUUUUUUGCAUCAAGGUGGAGUGUACCAAGCUACAGAAUAUUUAUCUCUCCAGAUGAAGGUAGUACCAACUAAUGUUCAGUACAAUAUCAUAACUAGUCAUGUAUAUUCAUUACCAGAGUCGUUAUUUUUACAAAAAUCAGGUUAUCAACUGUACUUAAAAGGUAAGAAGAAUAGUAUUUUAAAAAAGAAGGUGUUUCUUUAUGAAGAAGGUUCUAGAAACGUUUCUUCCGUCCUUGAAAAAACCGUAGGUAUUAUAAAGAGCUCUACUAAACAAUUUAAAACUUUUCUUUUGAUAUCUGGUAGUCUCGAUGAUGAUCUUGAUUAUGCUGUAAGGAAAACCACUAUAAGAUUAUAUAUAAUCAAAAAGUUCGGGCUUCAUUUGAGUUUAGAGGCUCUUCCUAAUUUAACUAGUUAUUGCUUGGAAUUUACAAAAUUUUUGUAUGGUAAUAAUUGUUUGCCUUUACCCAUUGACGAAUAUAUUAAAUGGCUUCAUAGUCUUUUUACUCUUAAUCUAUAUAGAGUGGAAUUGAACAAUUAAUUUUAUUUUAAAAAACUAUGUUGUGAUGUGAUACAAUGUAAAGACAAAAUAAUCUAUUUUGCACCAUUGAAACCAUAUUUAUUCUAAUUUAUUUAAGGAUAUUAGUUACUAAGUCUACAUUUUUUUAAAAACGCAUGUUUUUAAGGUAUAUCAUAAUGAAAACACUGAAAUUUUCAGAAUCAAAUCGUGAUUUUAAAAUAAUGUUAAAGCACUCAAUUUCAUACUGAAUCAAAAUUUCCAAAAAUUCGUUUAUAACAGUGUUAUAAUACUUUAAUUAAUUACAAUUAUAAAUCCAACAAAAA